AACACAAAACCCUUUCUCUCACAUCGGUUCGGAAACCAAAUCCCUAACUUUCUCUCUCUUCAAUGGCGUCACAGAAACUCACCGAAUACGAACGCAAACGUCUCGAGAACAUUCGGCGCAACGAUGAGAUGAUGGCCGCGCUCAAACUCCAUUCCAAAGCCACUCAACUCUCCAAUUUCAAGCGUCAAAGGGUUGGAACCAAAUCCUACACUGUGAAGCCGGAAAAGAAACAGAAAACGGAAACCCCAAUCGUCAUAAGGCGCUCCCUGCGAACGAGGGGUAUUCCACCGGAUUCCAAGGGUCUCGAUGGAGACACAGUGGGUUCCGCCGCUCCCGUUGAAACCCAACCUUCCGUUGAAAGUUCCGCUCCUAUCUCCAUGGCUGAUGCUCGUGAAAGCGCUCACUCUGAUACCGCCUUCGUUCAAUCACUCUUGGGCUUGGCCCAAAAGGAGGCCCAAGAGCUAGGUGGUGCUAAAGGUGGCGGAUUUUUAAACAAUGCUCCCCUUGGGUUGGAAUCUCUGUAUUUGGAUCCCGAGAACAUUGCGCGGGUUGUUCCUGGAAGGAUAACCAAUGUGCGGGUUUUUCCUUCCACUAGUGUCAAAAUGGUUGCGGCGGGUAACAAGUUUGGAAAUGUUGGGUUCUGGAAUGUGGGAGAAAGUGAGGUUCAUUUAUACCAUCCCCAUCGGGCUCCCAUUUCUGGGAUUUUGAUUCAACCACAUUGCUAUUCCAAGAUAUACACUAGUUGUUAUGAUGGAAUUCUUCGGCUAAUGGAUGUGGAGAAGGAGAUCUUUGAUCUGGUAUUUGAUAGUGAUGAAAGUAUAUAUAUUCUCUCUCAACCACCAAAUGAGGCAAACUGCCUGUAUUUUGGUGAGGGUUCUGGGGGUUUAACUGUUUGGGAUAACAGGAUGGGAAAACGUUCGUCCCACUGGGUUUUGCACGAGAGUAGGAUUAACACAAUAGAUUUCAAAAGUGAAAACCCUCAUAUGGUAGCUACUAGUUCCUCUGAUGGAACUGCCUGCAUCUGGGAUUUGAGAUAUACUGACGCAGAUAAACUCACAGCCUUGAGGACAUUUACCCACAAAAGAUCUGUGCAAUCUGCGUACUUCUCUCCUUCUGGAUGUAGCCUGGCAACUACAGGCCUGGACAACACAAUUCGUAUUUACAAUGGAGUUAACUUGGAGGAUGAAACUGUUAUUCAUCAUAACAAUCAAACUGGCAGAUGGCUUUCUACUUUCAGAGCGAAAUGGGGUUGGGAUGACUCGUAUCUCUUCGUUGGAAAUAUGAAAAGAGGAGUUGAUGUGGUCUCAGCAGUUGAGAGGAAAAUAGUUAUGACUCUAGAGAGCCCACACAUGUCUGCCAUUCCGUGCAGAUUUGAUACACACUCUUACGAGGUUGGGAUGCUAGUUGGAGCUACAAGUGGAGGCCAGGUUUAUGUUUGGACGUCGCGCUAGAAUGUUUUUUUUAUCUAAUAUGCACUUCUGUUGUAUGUUAUAGAAUGAAACUUCGAUAGUUGCUGAUUCCAGACUGUUUUCAUGUUAACUAUUAUCAAAUAUGCUAUUUGACUAGACAUGAUUUCAUCAACUUUGUAGUCUCUUAUGAGCAUGAUUCGUGGAUUGUUACUUGUACACUACACCUAAUAUACUAUCAGUACUUACAUG